UCCCAUGUAAAAAUAAAAUACUUUAUAUUAUUUUCAGAGGAAACCAUGGAUCCAACAAUCAGUCCUAUGAAAUUCAUUCCUAAGUUGACAGAGAAUAUGUCUCCACAUGCAGAGCCACGUUCCAGAAUCCUGGAUCUGUCUGAUGCUGAGGUUGAUGGCAGUGAAUCUUCUGACACAGAUAAUCCACAACCUGUUCUUGUCUUUGAUGCAUCCCACUUGGGCACAUCUCCACAUACAGCCGAAGUAGAAGUUCUUGUUGGCUAUGAAAAUUCUCCCGCUAAAGUUUUCUGCCACACACCCAGCAAGCUUGAGAGAUCACUCAGGGCUGAGUUAAACAGAAGCCCUCGGUCACCCCGAGCCAACAAGGAUGAUAAACGUCAUACUAUUAAAGUUAACCAGGUGACCAAGCUGUCAACUGACCCAGAAUCUAGGAAAGGCUCGGUGCAAAGUCCACGUCUGCAUAAUGAAAAAGAAAACAUUAAUCGCAAAAGAAAGGAAUCAGGACAGGGAGAUUUAAAAGAAAAUAUGUCGGGAAUCUCUCUUCCAAGCCGUGGAAUCAUUGAAGAAAUUCUAGCUCAUGAGUUAGGACAUGGCAGAGUUGAUGCUAUCUCACUAAGCAGUGAGGUGGGGAGCCCUGUAAAUAUGAGUGCAGUGAGCUCCCAUCAUGUACAGUCGCUUUCAGAAAUGUCCCUUUCCAAAUCAAUGUCCCCGACGAGGAAAUCAAAAGCCAAGAAUGUCAACUUUAAGGAUAAACUGCCUCAACCGAAAUUUGAUGAUUCAGAUACCUCAUCGGAAAAGAUACCAGUACAGGAUAUAACUCCAAAGCAGCCAUCAGGAAAUCGGCAAGAUAAUUUGAAAUUUGAAUCUUACUCCAUGGAGGAUGAGCAUGUGAAUAAAGGAAC